AUGGUUAUCGUUAUCUGUCCGAAUGUUAUUGCGAUUUUGGCAGCUCUGGUUGCCGUCGCCGUGAGCGACAUCAGGCCGUCGUACGGGAAGGCGUACAGGCCGGCGGUGUACAAGCCGGUGUACAAGCCUGCGUACGCGCCUGCCGCCUACGCACCGGCGCCCUAUUACCCGGCGGCGUCCUCCUACGAGCCCGCCUACGUCCCGGCGCCGACGGUCUACAAACCCGCCUACAAGCCUGCGGGCUACGGCAAAGACGAGUACUACAAUGACAACCCACAAUACCAGUUCCAAUGGGCCGUGCGUGACGACUACUCCGGCAACGACUACAACCACGCCGAGCAGCGCGACGGCUACAAGACCCAAGGCGAGUACAAGACCCUCCUGCCCGACGGCCGCUACCAGAUCGUCUCCUACACCGCCGACGAGUACGGCUACAACGCCAACGUCAACUACGAGGGCGAGGCCAAGUACGACUCCUACAAGCCCUCUGCCUUGAUAAGGGCGAUCGCGUGUCCUUGGCAAUUGCCGAAAGCCGUCUCGAGGGCUUAUUAUGCUGACCGACAACGCGUUUUCGCUUUCCCCUUCAGCAUUCCCAUGCUGCUUGCAGAGUGGUGGAAAUUGAUGAUGUUGGCUGCGAGAUCAUCCAAAAGGGAUGAGCCGGGUGAUGAAGAAGAGAUUCUCGAGCAGAGAGUCGUUAAUCACGUCUUGCUUGUCCAUUAG